AUGGAGAAGGAAAUUUUUAAAUUGGAAGUAGAAAAAAUGAGAAUAAAAAUAAAAGAAAUAGAGGAACAAAUUAAAAAGCAGAAAAAUGAAUCUGAACAUAUUUAUGACGAUAAUAAAAGAGGGAAUAUUUAUCAAAAAGAAGAGGGCAGAAAUCGACAGAUAAUAAGGGGGCCAAAUGGACCAUGUUUUAUUUGCGGAAAAUAUGGACAUAUAAACCGAGAUUGUAAUGAAAGAAUUGUGCAGAAAACUCUUUCAAUUGUUUGUGGAAGAUGUGGAAAUACUGGUCACAAUGCCGAAAAAUGUUAUGUGUCAACUUUGAAAAUACAGGAAAACGAACGAAAGGUAACGUCAUGUUCAAAUUGUGGAAGAACAGGUCAUACUUUGGAUAAAUGUUUCAGAAGGGAACAAACAGGUAUCAAUGCGUUUCCAUCGGUUGCGUUUCCACUUGUUAAAAAAGGAUUACCAGGAACGAAUAUUAAAAAUGAAUAUAAUGAUGUAAUACCUAAAGAAACGAAAAAUGAAGGAAAUAAUGCUCAAGUAAUAACUUGUUUUCGGUGUAGAAAUAUCGAACAUUAUGCGAGGGAUUGUAUUAUAGUAUGA